GUAACCAUGCCAACCUUCAUCACCUUCCUCUUCCUCCUGGGCCUGUGUGGUGUGACGCAAGCUGCACUCCCAGAGGAGACUGAUCUGGAUGGAGGAAGAGACUUGGACAUCUUUGACAUCAAUGAAGAGGCCGGGUUGGACUUGAUUGAGGGCGACAUAGACAUGGAGGAAGUAAGUACAAGAAACCGCAACAAGGAUCAACUGAAAAACUCCAUUAUUGGGGAGCAGUAUCGCUGGCCAAUGCCUGUUCCAUACGUGCUGGAGGACAGCCUGGAUAUAAAUGCCAAAGGAGUCAUCCUGCAGGCCUUUGAACAGUACAGACUGAAGACCUGCAUUGACUUCAAGGAGUGGACCGAUGAGGAGAACUACAUUGGGGUGUUUAAGGGCUCUGGGUGUUUCUCAUCUAUUGGAAACCGUCGCGAGGGGAAGCAGCGCUUGUCCAUCGGGUCCAACUGUGACCGUCUGGGCACCGUGGAGCAUGAGUUCCUGCAUGCCCUGGGCUUCUGGCACGAGCAGUCACGCGCUGACCGAGACGACUAUGUGGACAUCAUCUGGGACGAGAUCACUCCUGGUAAGGAGCACAACUUCAACAAGUACGAUGACACUGUGUCCAGUGCGCUGGGUGUUGCGUAUGACUAUGGAUCUGUAAUGCACUAUAGUAAGAGCGCCUUCAACAUCGGGGAGCUGCCCACCAUAGUCACAAAAAUCCCAGCAUUUAGCGACGUGAUUGGACAACGCAUGGGCUUCAGUGAGAGUGACCUGGAAAAGCUUAGCAAGCUGUACAACUGCAGCAACUCCUUGACGUUUCUGGACAGGUGUAGCUUUGAGGAGGCCAAUGUGUGUGGCAUGAUCCAGGGAGCAGAUGGGAAGGGGAGCUGGAAGCGGGUGACAAAGGCAGUCGGAGGUCCACAGACUGAUUACACCACCUUGGGACAAUGUGCAGGAGUCGGUUACUUCAUGCAUUUCGAUGGCAGCGCUGGGGAGACUGCGUUCCUGGAGAGCCGUCUGCUGUAUCCCCGCCGCCACUCCCAGUGCUUGUCCUUCUACAUGCAUCAGGCCGCGGCCUCUGACGACAAGCUGAACGUCUACAUCCGCGACUACAAGGAGGGAGACACCACGGGCACCCUCAGGCUUGUGCAGACCAUCAGUGGAGGUGUGAAGGACUCGUGGGAACUGCAUCAUGUUCCUCUGGACGCAUCCUCCAGAAAGUUCCGGGUCGUUUUUGAAGGAGUGAAGGGGAGCGCUGGACCUGAUGGUGGCCUCUCUCUCGAUGACAUCAACCUGUCAGAGACUGAGUGUCCCCACCACACCUGGAGAAUCCGCAACUUCAACGAGCUCCUGGCCACCGUCCCGAUGGGAGAAAAAAUCUACAGUCCCCGUUUCACCUCGCGUGAGGGUUACACCUUCCAGGUGGGCCUGUAUAUCAAUGGCAACUCCAGUCCAGGAAGCAUGGCCAUCUACUUCUACUUGACCUCUGGUCCCAAUGAUGACACCCUCAAGUGGCCGUGCCCAUGGCGACAGGUUACCAUGAACCUGAUGGACCAGAACCCAGACAUCCGCGAGGCCAUGAACAACUACAGAAUGGUCACCACCGACCCUACUAAAAACGAGACAAACCCUGAUGGAACGCUGGAAUUCUACUGGGACGACCCAAGGAAGGUUGGCAGCCUGCAGACUGACACUGACGGGACUCAGUUCUACCGCGGGCCCGGUACUGGAACAAGUUCCUUCAUCACCCACGGCCGCCUGAAGAGCCGGGCCUACAUCAAAGGAGAUGAUGCCAUCUUUCUUCUCUCCCUCCGGGAUCUGUCCUCUCUUGUCCCUUCAACGACCCAUGGUGACAGGCCUCAGGCUAGGCUGUCCGACCAGCCCAUCGGAACGGAAUCCAAUGGAAUUCCCACGGCAACGGCUGCUCUGUCUGCAUGCGCUGGAAUUCUACUGUUGGUUGCCAUGGUGAGCUCUGUGCUCAUCGGCAGGUGGUACAGGAGAAGAGGCGUGAAAGAUGACCAACAAGAGUUGGAACUGGAGAGCAGCUAAGAUGCUGAUGGCGAUGCAAUGGACCCUCUCCUCUUUUCUCUGUUCAGUCAGACAACCGCAUGAUGCAAGUUGCCAAUUCACUCCUCUCACAAUUCAACAAUAAUUUCAUUUACCAUAUAUACUGUUAAUGUUAACAUGUCAACGUUGAAAUUCUUAUAUUUUUGUACAAAUUAGUCCUUGAAUAAAGAUUUGUAUCCUAAUGCUUUGCUUUGCUUCAAGUGUGCAUAUUGAAUUUGGUGUACUUAUAGUGCUGAAGGGAGGCAUUAUGGAAACCUGGUUAAAUGGGCACAACAGCCUCAAAGUUCAU